CGGUUUUAAUAUAGCGGCAAAAAAAUAGCAUAAAAGUAACGGUAUUUGCAAAUUUUAUAUGUAUUUAAUUUCUUUUGCUUCUUAAAAAUAAUUGUUUUAAAAAUGGAUGUAGACUCUGAUGAACCACAAACUUCGCAACCAACAGUCCGCUCGCCUACAGAGCAUAUACGCAAUAAAAAUAGACAAUACACUCAACAACAUCGGGACGAGCAGCGCGCCAAGACCACUGAUACUGUACGGUUUGGGCUAGGAGAAGUUCAGGAAGAAGUGGAGGAAUUAGAUGAGAUCACGGAACAAGAUAUCUUUGGCUUAAUUAUACGAAUUACACGUCGCAAACAUGCCUCUGCGGAGGAAAUGCAUAAACUGAGUGAGGCAUUCCUACAGAGUAUGGAUAAUAUAAAUCUGUUCUUUCAAGCGCAAGGUGCUCUGCAAGUUAUUGCAAAAGAGAUUGCAGGCAUCGAUUCGGGACGUCAAAUUGGUGCGCUUGAGUGCCUUUGUAAUCUGUCACUUGGUGAUGCACCGAUUUGUGAAAAAAUAUUAUACCAUGCCGGCAACAAUUUAAUCUCAUGCUUGAAUAGCGUUGAUGAGCGUUUGAAACGUACAUCCUUAUGGAUAAUUGCCAAUAUUAUUUCUACGAGCCCCAAAGCGGCUCAAACGAUAGUGCAAGCGGAUAUAAUACCGAAACUUUUUUACAUAUACAUUGAUGUUGCCGGUGAAAAAAAUAUAGCAAAUGAAUUUAGGGAAGACGCCGCAGUUUGUUUACAGAUUCUGGUGAAGGGCCCAAAUCGUGCAGCUCGCAGAGAGGAUGUAGUGUUUCUCAAAGACAAUAUGAUCAAAAAAUGUCGCAACAGUGUUGCAGCUGAAUACCACUUAAAAAUACUGUUCGAUGCUGAUAUAGUGAAUCCUAGAAAUGAAUUUAAUAUUGAACAAACACAUUACUUAAUUGAUUUUGUAUUGGGUAAUCUGUAUACUACACCAGACUUUGGAAAUAUAACACAUCGUCUGAGAAUCGUUUAUGCUAUACGAAUAUUAUCAAAUAUGGUACAAUGUGUGCCAACGGCCAUCCAUACAAUGAAGCAACUACUACGCACCGUGUGGAAUACACAUUUGGAAGAUUUAUUGAACAAAGUAUUUCACUUCGAAGAGGAUCUACUAAGCUUGGAAGUCAUUUAUCUAUUAAGAAACUUGAUACACGAAAAGAGUGCACAACCGUUGCCUUGUCAAUUAGAUAGACUACAGAUUCCAAACAUUGAUUAUGAGAAAUUAUUACCGGAAGAUUCAAUUUAAGGAUUAAAAAAAAAAACAAGUAAUUUGAAUAAAAAUUGUUAUUAUUGUGAAGUUUUAAGUGAAAUACACUGUUUCGAUAUUUUUAUACUUUUCGAUAUUUUUAUAUAUUAUUGUUAUUGUCGCUGAAUAAAAUAUACACCGAAUGGUUAUAAA